AUGGCGCCCACGCCCAAAGCCUACGACUACAUCGUCAUCGGCGGCGGCAGCGGAGGCAGCGGUGCCGCACGGCGCGCUGCAGGCUGGUAUAAAGCGAAAACGCUGCUCGUCGAGAACGGGCAGUCUGGGGGCACUUGCGUGAAUGUUGGCUGCGUCCCCAAGAAAAUGACAUGGUACUUCGCCUCCGUCAACGAGACGCUGAAAGGCGCGGGCCACUACUUCUACGACGUGCCAGCGGACGUGAAGUUCCACUUCGAUAAGUUCAAGAAGCGGCGGGACGAGAGCAUCCGCCGGAUCAAUGGCGCGUAUGAGAGGAAUUGGGAGAAGGAGGGGAUUGAGCUCGUGCACGGCACUGCGACGUUCACGGGGCCGAAAGAGGUGGUGGUUGAUUUUCAGGACGGGUCGGGGAAGCAGGCGUUCACGGCGCCGCAUAUCCUGAUCGCGACGGGGGGGUAUCCGAUUUUGCCGGAAAUAGAGGGGGCGAGGCAUGGGAUCACGUCCGAUGGGUUCUUUGAUAUUGAGACGCUGCCGCGGAAGAUUGGGAUUGUGGGCGCGGGGUAUAUUGCUGUUGAGAUGGCGGGGAUGCUUAACGCGAUUGGAGUCGAGACGCAUAUGUUCCUCAGGGGGGAGACUUUCCUGCGCAGCUUUGAUCCCAUGGUUCAGGAGACCAUGACGAAGGCGUAUGAGGAUGCGGGCGUGGUGCUACAUAAGGGGUAUCCAGGCUUCGAGAAGAUUGAGAGAUUGGAUAAGGUUGAUGCUGUGGCUGGUAAGGAUGUGCAUGAGAAGCUGACGGAGGGCCCAAGUCCGCAAAAAGAGCUUAAGAUCACGGAUAAGAAGGGUAGGGUCUCUGAGUUCAACGAGCUGCUUUGGGCGAUUGGGAGGGCGCCUGAAAUCAAAGAUCUGGGACUAGAGAAGAUUGGAGUCAAGCUUACGAAGAGUGGGCAUGUUGCUGCUGAUGAGUUCCAGAAUACUAGCGUUGAGGGGGUUUAUGCGCUUGGAGAUGUUACGGGCAAGGCUGAACUGACACCUGUUGCCAUCGCUGCUGGACGCAUGCUCGGGAACCGCCUCUUUGGGCCUCCCGGACUGAAAAGCUCGAAGUUGGAGUACGAUCACAUACCAACCGUUGUCUUUAGUCAUCCUGAAGUUGGUACUAUCGGAUUGACUGAACCGGAAGCGGUUGAAAGAUACGGAAAGGAGAACAUCAAGGUCUACAAGACGAAGUUCACGGCCAUGUACUUUGACGUGUUCUCACCAGAAGAGAAGGCCAAGCAUCCAACGCAAUACAAAAUCAUCUGUACAGGUCCAGAGGAAAAGGUAGUAGGACUCCAUAUCCUUGGUGAAGGUAGUGGAGAGAUGCUCCAGGGUUUCGGAGUUGCUAUCAAGAUGGGUGCUACCAAGGCUGAUUUCGACCGCUGCGUUGCCAUUCAUCCUACCUCCGCCGAGGAGCUCGUGACUAUGCGAUAG